ACGGAGGGGCAAGAGGAGGACGAAGAGGAGCAGGGCCCGGCAGACCAUGAGGGACAUGGCAGCAACGCCGCAAUCGAGAGUGUCACGUGCGGCUGCGAUGGGGAUGCGGGACGAGGCCACCAGGCGAGCGAGCGAAAGCAGGGGCUGCCGCGAUCGCCGCCAGAGCAACAGGACAGCGACAGAGCAACGAGCGAUAGCAGCGGCAACCACCGACGCAACAGCAACCACAGAAGCAUGUACGAGCUCUCGUUUACGGCCUACUCCAAAGUGCUCCUGCACGCCGCAAAGUAUCCGACGGCAGCGGUCGGCGGGCUGCUGCUUGGAACGCAAGCCUCGGGCACCCAGACGGUCGUCGUCUCGGAUGCGAUCCCCCUGUUCCACCAAACAGCACUGGUUCCGUCGAUCGAAGCGGGUUUGCAGCAGGCCGAUAUCUACGCCCAGCUGGUAGGAUCCAAGGUCGUCGGAUUCUAUUCGGCGAACGAGUCGCUUGCCAACAAGAGCGUCUCGCCCCUGGCCGCCAAGAUCGCAUCCAAGAUCAGCGACAACUUUGAGGGCCGCGGCCUUCUUCUGCUGCUGGAUCCAUCCAAGGCUUCCGAAGAAGGCGCCGCACUGUCUUCGAUUCUGCAACCUUACGUGAGUCAGAAUGGAACCUGGGCGCCAGCGGGCCAGCGGUCUUCGCUCAAGGUCGACGCUCGUGGCGAGAAGAUCAGGUCCUUGCUUGUGCCCAAGGUCUACGGCGCCCUGAACGACUUUGACAACCACCUCGACAACAUCGAGCUGGACUGGAUCGAGAACGCCGCUGUGACCAAGCUGAUUGCCGACUCAGCAUAGGCUGCCCGGAAGAAUGCUGCAACGAGGACACGGACCCGUAGCGAAUACACUGCGCUAAGCUGGAGAGCCCGUUCCCCGCCCCGUCGUCUGACUCGAUGCUCCUGGGGGGAUGAUGUGGGAUGACGCAGCGACGACGGUGUUGGGCACGCCGGAGACAGAGAGCAGAUUCGCCGCGGUUGCCGCAUUUGCCAGAUCCAGCUCUGUU